UCCAUGACGAAUGUCUUUUGGCGUUUCCUGGUGAAGCCUUGGUGAGCUUUUAUACUGCUCUCUGGAUCACGGUACGAGCCAUUAGGAAUUCCCAAUCAAUUUUUAAACCUCAUACAUAACGCGGAUUCAUCAUGUUAUAUAAGCUUGGCUUAGGCACGGGGGCCAUUAACCAUCCAUGGGAAGACUGGUUAGUUCUAAAUGAGAAGCGUCCCAAUAAGGGUCGUGUGCCUCAAACCUUCUUUUACCAGACAUCCAGAGGUUCGUAGUUACCGGUGCCUAGUUGUGGCUACUACGAUCAACCAACACACCAACCAACCUAAAGCUUCAUUUUACACCGUUGCCAUAGACAACCGCUCGGAUACGGCAGAAGAAGCAUCAUUCCGUUGCCUUGUCCGCCAUUGCCACGGCAGACGUCAGGACGCGUUGGUCACGCACGCAAUUUCCGCCGACAGUUGCUCUCCAGUGAAAAGCUCCUCAAAAGUGUUUUGUUUUAAAAAUGGCUAACGAAACCAGUUCCCCCACUAGCAGCAAGCUAGUGCUGAUGAGCGAUCAGCUAUUCGUACGCGUCUAUACGGCUGGGACAAAUGUGAAGAAAUUUACGCAGCAAGCGGACAAGAACAACCAACCCACCAACGUUCUGGAAGUGUGCAAAUUUGUACUACGUCUCAUCGAAAGCCGGACACUGCCGUUGGAAGUGUGUGCUAAAAUUGUAUGCGGCAUGGGGCGCAUUCGUCUGUAUCACUUACAGAAAUUGUUUGCUGAAUUUACGGUACUCAGCAAGCGCACUUCAUGCGAUCGGCGCAUUGGAUACGGUGAAAAGAAUGUCAUACGACAGAUGAAGGUGCAAGUCGAAUGUAAGACCAACGGUAAACGAAAUGGCGACAUGGCCGUUCCGCCAGAUUUCGAGCUCGGUGUGGUAAACUUUGACCUUGACAUCAAGGAACAAAUUACCGAAAAGGAGGUAAUCUAUUCGCUUGUAUCGUGCAAAAAUGCUACAACGGUCAAAAACGUGCAAGACAUCACGUUGCGAGACGAGCCACUGCAGGCGGGAAAUUACGACGUUCAACAGUACGACGAGGAGGAGGAUGACUUUGGUGCAGCUUUAUCCAACGAAAUGCUGGAUUUUUUCUCCUCACACGAUGAACGAUUGGACGAUGAGGCUCGUGCGGUACAGCUGAACCCAAAACCGGCCAUUACACAGGAGAUGAUGGAUAUCGAACUACCGGUGGAACACGCUAUCGAUAUACCGAACGAUAUAGAACAUCCAAUACCACCAUUGGAAGACACACUUGAUCCAGUACCGGUCGUCUCCAUGGAAACGUCCAUCAUAGAGAAAGAUGCCCAGAUGAUGCUGCCACCAGCUGCUUGCAAUAAUUCUUAUGAAGGCUCCAUUCCUGAAGGGAAUGAUGAGGCGGCUUCAGAUACUUCUCUUCCGGAGCAGACAAUUGCACAGCUAGAGACUGAAAAGGUGAAGAGUACGGGCGCCGCACGAAAACGACGACUAAUCAUCGAUGCACACACACAGCUCAACUAUAAAUGCUUGAAGCAAAGAAUUUUAAAUUGGCCAACAAAUCUGGCCAAAUUGCAACGACCAAAUCCAAAGGAAGAACUGAACGCAUUGCUGGCUGAGGUUCGGUUGCAAAACCUUUUCACCAAACCAAUGCGUCCUUGGCUGUUUAGCUCUAAGUUCGAGCCCUCGGAACCUAGAGGCAAGAGGAGAGCUUCCUUCGACGAGUACGACCUUUGUCCGGCAAAGCGAAAUAAUUCGAAACGAUCAACUACUGUAGCAGGAGACGCGGCACCGAUUCCGGCUACUAUCAACGAGGAGCCACAUAUGCCGAUGAGCACUGUCGAUGAACGGCAGCACAUAACAACGACCGAGCCUGUCCAGGAGCCAGAGAUAAGAAACUUCCUUACCAGCUUCACGGGCAAUCCAUCGCAGUGGGAUUUUCUGAAGAGUUGUGACCCAUCCGCAAGUGAACCGCAGAAGCAAAAAAAGAACGACGAAGGUGUGGUAACGCGGUACGCAGCCGUGAAGGUACUGGAAUCGAUGUUCGACAGUGUGCCCGAUAAUUCCGUACAGUUUGAAUUGCUGCAAAGCAAGAUGAGCAAUCGGCUAAUUGCUGCCUCGUUGUUUGGAAAGCUUUUGGACCUUUCAAAGGACAAAACUAUUUUGGUGUCUACGGACGAGCGCGGAACGCCCGUUAGCGUUCAUAAGUACAUGAACUGGAAGGGUGCAUAAAAUUUUAGGAUUUGUAAAACAAAUUUACCGUAUCGCCGGGGAGAACGGGUAGCACUUCUUUUAAUAGUAAUUUAAUUAAAAUAAACCGAUUCAUUUUCACCAAACUAA